AUGCACGGCGUGUCGUUACCUACGCAUGAAUACGCGCGCAUCGCAGUACGGUACAUACUCGAGCUGAAGCUCCUUCCAAGCGAGAGGGACCCGGAGUUGGGACGACUGGUGAAAGCGCUGGAACGAGCGACGAGAGCGUACACCUCUGUGGUGCUACGGCUUCGAGCACAAGCAGAGAAAGAGGCGACUAUGACGAGCACAGUGAACAAUAGGCCGCCCUCACCGACGUUCAGUACCUGGUCGCAUACACAGUCGCAUAUUCAAUCCCACGCUGGGCACGUCACUCCCACUCCCAGUGCUGUAUUCCGAUCUCCUCUUGUUAAGCUUCGGCGCGCGCCUCUACUCCGAUCCUUCGUUCCUUCACCUGACGGGGACUGGCUGAGUGAUACAAGCGUGCUACGAUGCGAGGCAGAGAUGGACAAAGCGGGUGUGAGAGGCCUCCUGCGCACGGGGGACGUCGUUUGGGAUAUCGCGGUGGGAGAUGAGGCGAAUCUCGGGAGGAUGGUGUGGGAUGGGAGGUACCUCAUUGAUCUGGAUUAUACCUACAGCGUUACGGGGGAUCUGCCAAGAUACCUGAUGGCGCUGGCUUUCCCGCCCAGUUAUUUCCAUCGUGUUGUGAGAGGUGGGAAUAAUGGUUCUGGUAGUGGACCGGUUAUUCGUGUGGAUUUGAGGCCCUGGGGAGACGAGAUCCGGGGGAAUAUGCAGCUCUUGCAAGAUAGAGUGCGGACGGAGACUCCCCAGGGAACAUAUCAUAACGUCGUCCGAUGGGUCCACCGCUCUUCUUUCCAGCUUCGGGCACGACGCGGAACACGUAUACCCAUCCCUGAGUCGAACGGCCUGUUUGUCGAUCCUGGCUGGUAUGGCACGGUCGUUGUGGAAACUGAGGGAACGAACGAGAGCUUGCGCGAUCUUCAGGAGAGGCUUGGGAUAGGCCGAGGCAUCCAGAGUGCGAGUAUGAGAGCAAAAGGUGCAGACUCGAGUUGGGGAGACGAUAAGAUGGUUUUCAGGAUUUUGAGAGAGAGAAGUCGGCCUGGGGAAAUUUGGAUUAGGGCCGUUGGGGUGAAAGAGAGGGUUAAUUGA